CCCGAGCGAGCGGCCCGGGGCGUCGAGGGGGCCCGCGCUCGCCGGGCGCCGCCGCCCUGGCCGCCAUGUGCUCCCAGCUUUGGUUCCUGACGGACCGGCGCAUCCGCGAGGACUACCCGCAGGUGCAGAUCCUGCGCGCCCUCCGGCGGCGCUGCUCCGAGCAGGACGUGCGCUUCCGGGCGGUGCUCAUGGACCAGAUCGCCGUCACCGUCGUCGGCGGCCACCUCGGCCUUCAGCUGAACCAGAAGGCGCUCACCACUUUCCCAGAUGUGGUGCUCGUGCGGGUGCCCACCCCUUCAGUGCAGUCGGACAGCGACAUCACGGUCCUGCGCCACCUGGAGAAGCUGGGCUGCCGCCUUGUCAACCGCCCCCAGAGCAUUUUAAACUGCGUCAACAAGUUCUGGACUUUCCAGGAGCUGGCUGGACAUGGGGUUCCCAUGCCAGACACCUUCUCCUAUGGUGGGCACGAAGACUUUUCCAAGAUGAUUGAUGAGGCUGAGCCCCUGGGCUACCCGGUCGUGGUGAAGAGCACACGCGGACACCGGGGAAAAGCUGUUUUUCUUGCAAGAGAUAAGCAUCACCUCUCAGACAUCUGCCAUCUGAUCCGCCAUGAUGUGCCCUACCUGUUCCAGAAGUAUGUGAAGGAGUCGCACGGCAAAGAUAUCCGGGUGGUGGUGGUAGGGGGCCGGGUGAUAGGCUCUAUGCUUCGCUGCUCCACGGACGGCCGGAUGCAAAGCAACUGCUCUCUCGGUGGUGUGGGCGUCAUGUGCCCGCUGACAGAACAAGGCAAGCAGUUGGCUAUUCAGGUGUCCAACAUCCUGGGCAUGGACUUCUGUGGCAUCGACCUCCUCAUCAUGGACGACGGCUCCUUCGUGGUGUGUGAGGCAAACGCCAACGUUGGCUUCCUGGCCUUCGACCAGGCGUGCAAUUUAGAUGUGGGUGGCAUCAUCGCGGACUACACCAUGUCCUUGCUGCCCAGUAGGCAGACUGGCAAGAUGGCUGUCCUCCCGGGACUGUCCAGUCCCAGGGAGAAGAAGGAGCCAGACGGCUGCGCGUCAGCUCAGGGAGUUGCAGACGGCGCCUAUGCCGUCAACAAUGGGUCUACCUCUAGUGAGAGCGAGCCCGAACUGGGGGAGAUCCGGGAUUCCUCAGUGAGCACGACGGGGGGCCCGCCCCCCAUGCUGCCAGAACCCGGCUACAACAUUAACAACAGGAUUGCUUCAGAAUUAAAACUUAAGUGAAUUCCUGCUUUUUGGCAGCAUUUAAACCAAAUCCUACCGCUUCCCUAUAGUUUUGAGUGAAUAGAAUCUGGACUAAUGUGAUUUCAUUUGCACAGAAACUAGAAAUCCCAUCUGGGCACUCAGCAUUCUUUCUAACGAUGAUUUAAGCAAACGGCUUAGCUUUGUGGUUUUUACAGAGACUAAUUAUAAAAACACUCACCAAGAGCAACAUCCUGACCGAUGGACUCGAGACCGAUGUCUGCUGCGAGCACUUGGAUACUACGGCUGACGUUUAAGGCGCUGACUGUGUGCUGCUGCUUCUGGCUGUUACCAGCAGAGCCCGUGAACUCAGCUCCCGGCAGGAGGCACCACCGGAUGGAGGCGGGUGCAGAAGAGAUGGGUCGCGACUGCAGUCCCGUGCUCUUCCAUACGCGCGUGUGUGUGUGUGUGUGAGAUGCUGGAAGAAUACACGGUUCAGUCUCUGCUCCCCGUCAAUCACCAUCUUGGCCAUACUUCUCUGACACUCAGGAUAUGGUGUUUAAGGGAGCUUCCUCAUUAGCAUUUUCGAUGAAGCACUUUGUAGAAAGUUUGAGGUGGGACGCUAUUUGACUUCACUGGCUGGCAGAUAGAUACCCUGCUGCGUAACCGGGGCUUUCUACAAAUUGCUUUGCCACUCCGAACUUACAGACCCUGCUUCAACUAAUGCCAGCCCCAGCAGCCUCUUGCACCUUUGCUGCCUUUGGCCUCAGCUGGAAAUGCACUUCAAUGAGCUAGUGGCCACACACUUUAUUUCUUAUGCGUGCACUAGAAUCGAACGCCAUGACUUUCCUGUCAGUGGACUCUGUUCAUUUGUCAUCCAGAAGCCGGUGGGUUUUUAUCAUAGAAAGCUACUGGAAGAUAAUCAUUUUCCCCCUUCUCUCCUAAAACUUUGUGUACUGCUCAGCUGUAGAAAGUUUUCUUGUAUGCGCUGGUGUUGUGGGCCUGUUGGUAGAGAGAGCCAUUGGAGACACACUCUAACCCCCUUGACAUUCUAGUCCUAGCCAGGUUCCAGACACCUGUCCGUACCCACUUUUUCCAAACUGGGGAGACUCAGGGAUUACUCAUUGCACAUUUGGGGGGGGGUUGGAUAAUGUAGAAAGGACACCAAGUGCUUUUCAUUUCAACUCUUUAAGCAGUAGAUGACUGUCCUUCUCUUGGGUGCGAUCGUGGAGAUGGCGUUUAAUGACGUAUCCUGAGAAGGAGCCAGACUCCCUUUUUAACCAAAUACACGAAAACAUGAGCGCUCAAGAGUUACCGUAACCCCUGUUACUUCCUCAGGAGACCGCACUCCUGAGCUGGGGUGUUGUAUGGGCCGAGAACAGGUAGAAUUCCUCUUAGGAAUUGUCUCUGAAGCCACGCAAGGAAAGAGGCCUCACAACCUUAUAGUCAGACUUCAGUUUUCACGCCACCCCUCCCCGGGGCGUAGUCCCAAGCUCCAUCACCUAUUUUGCUUAUCAGAUUUACCUUCUAACGCUCUUUGGCUGUUAAAAAAAAUCAUCCCUCAAAACAUAAAUCUACCCGUAAAGGACAACAGUGAGGAAGCUUUACAAGUGGACAGUUUCCAAGGAAGGCUCUAGAAACAGUCUGAGUUAAGGUCAGCUUCACUGGAGUAAACAUGCAUCUUCCCAAGGUGACUAGUUUGAAGGCAGCAACACCCGUUUGGGUGUAUCAAUUCCUGUACUUACUCUGCUGUCAAUGUAAGAUGUGUAUACAGUCAAAACUAUUACAUUUUUUACAACACAUUUAAAUAGAAAUUGGCUUUUAAAAUAUUGUGGCUAAAAGCACAUCUCACCAAGUGACACUUAGACAAUUGAAAAACGUUUGGCUCCGUGUCCUGGAGAUGUUGUAUUACACAAUGGUAGUUGAAAUGCAGUCCAACAUGGGGUGCGUGCCACUCCGUUGUGACUCUAGUAAUGUGUCUUGUACAGCUGACAAAUGAUUAUACUUAGCACCUUUGUGCAGGUUAAGACAUUCACCUUAUCUCUACCACUCAGGGUGGGUUUAGAAGGAUAGUUCUAGGUCUGUUCUUGUUGGAAUUGUCCAAAUGCUUUCUACGUAAACAUCUGAACCAAGUAAUGACCUUCUGGAAGCUGCAUUCACGCAUUCCCACUGUUCAGUGAAAGCCCAGUCUCCCCACUUUAUCCAAAAGGACACUAGCAGGCCCUGUCCCGAGCAGAGCAGCUAAGGGAUGCUUCCAGAUUUGUCAAAGAGGGCCCAUCUUCCAGCUGCUAGUGACAUGUAUAGUCAUUGUCACCAUUGCUUGAAAUCUAGCCCAGCCUGGAAGCAGAGAAAGCCGGAUCACAGCUCCCGCCUCCCUGCCCUGCCACCCCCCUGGAUUUCCCAUACCCGCUGUGGGCCCUGUGAGCCUUGGUCAUGGGUCUAGGUAGGCUACACUCAUUACAGCUGCCUGCAAGGCCUGCUGGAAGGAACAUGGGACACACAGCCAGUUCCUGGUUCUGGCUCCCCCCUUAAAGAGCCGACAACCUUGCACAAUCAGGUAGGCUCUGCCUUUCGUUUUUCCAUUCUUCCAAUAGGGGACGUGCCUGUUUACCUCUUGAGGGUGCUUUGAGGUUGAAGUGAGCUCAUUAAUGAGACCGUGCGUCACGUGGGAGGUGGUAGGAGAACUCCUCCCACACCUGGUUUUGUGAGUCUCUCAUCACCCCUCCUCCGAGGGAGUCGAGGAAGAAAGAGGCCACGAAUUCUUGGCGUUAGCACACGCAGCAGUGGUAGGGGGCCUGAAAAGGGAUGCAGCUUCUCAGAGGCCUUACCGCCUGAAAGGAGUAAGGCUCGGUGUAUUCACACAGCCUUCUGGAUGUAUCGUGUGUAACCUGAAACUCCUGACCCCUGUACCAACCAACAGUCUUCCCUGUGUAACGAAAUUGCAGCAUCUGUGUGCGGUCUUCCCAUUACCUGAUAGUAGCAUCUUAAAACUGGUCAAAACUUGAAUGCCAAUAGCUCCGUCACUCAGAAUAUAUAUGAUUCUGCACUUGGGAAAAAUGUCUUCAUGCUAUCUGUCUGAUUGCUGAGGGGUACGGGUUUGCGAGUAUGUGGAUUUGGGGCUUUAGGUCUUUAAAGUCUGAUAAAACAGUGUAAGUGGAUUAUAAGCUCUUACUAUCACCAUUGCAGACUCAUCACUCCCAGCUAAGAGGGGAUUCCAUGACAACUGGGGAUGGGGAAAGGAGGAAAAGGAAGGAGAAAGGUCUUGGAUAGUUUUAUGCUGUUUCAGGGGAAGAAAUACAUUGGGAUUUGGAAUUCCAGGGGGAACACGAACAAAUGGCUCUUCUGGGGGUUGUUUAGAUGGAAGAAUCAUGCACACGUAUUCAUUAGAGGUAGGGAUCUUUGACGCUCUUCUGUUUAAAGAAAAUAAAUCCCAUGGAUUCUCCUCGGUCUUGGGGAAGUGGGAGAGACAUGGCUCGGUGCUUCCUUAGGUCCUGAUGGAUGCUGGUCUUGAUGCAAGUGGAGGGGAGAUGGAGGCGGCUUGCAGGGGGUUCCAGGGUCCCCCAGGUAACCUCUGCUUUUCUGCAGAAUGUCCUGUGCGGGCAGGCCUGGAGCCACAGUGCUCUGAGGGGGGUCUAAGGAGCCACGUCAGAGUGAAUCCAAAGCCAGUAGAACGGGGCACCGCAGCUUACCUCCCUUGCAGCUGCAGGUGACGCCUCUGUUCGCUGUCAGUCUGUGCAGAUGUCUGGGGACGAGCCCUGACAACAGCCGUCUUUGUCACUGUCAUGAAGCCCGUGUUCUUCCAUCUGCUGCUACAGCCUAAUAGCUAAGGCUUGUGCCGUUUUUGACUUUCUCUGAGACUCGAGAUCAGAUCAUGACUUUAAAAUGCUUUUACCUGGAAGACCCCCUCUCCCCCCAGCUCAGGAAUAUGUUGUCGGAAUCCUUCCUGAAAACUGCAUCAUGCUUCCAUUCCAAGUCUCUGGCCAGACCCUGCAGCCCUCCCUUCUAAAGCACACAGCUGAGUAUGACAGCUUGAUGUUCCUUCUCCCGGUGUGGCUCCCGUGGCACUCCCGUGGGCCCUGUGCUGGCGUCCUCCCCCCACCCCCCACCCCCGUUUGGUAGUCUCGCUGUGCCAUUUCAUGUUCACUGUGGCUCCGAGGCAACACAGAAAGUCACCCACCAAGCCAGAUUUUUUUUUAAAGAUUUUAUUUAUUUGAGAGAGAUUGAGAGAGCGCACGAGCAACGGGGUGGGGCAGCGGGAGAGAGAGAAGCCGACUGCCCGCUGAGCAGAGACCCUGGGAUCAGGAUCUCAGCGGAAAGCAGACGCUUAACCGACUGAGCCACUCCGGUGCCCCAUCAAGCCAGAUUCGAGGACAUGGGAAUAACAGCCCUCCGGACAUGAAUUCAGUCCCCCAUUUUAUAGACGGAGGAUCCGAGUCCCAGGGGCCACGACCACUUAGCUAGUUGGCCGCAGAGCCGGGACACCGGCAGUCCGAUGCCCGUUCUGGUUUAGCACCCUGCCAGAGCUGGCUGUUCUUCCCUAGUGCUUAGCACUUGCUGUCAUCCUGGACUCCCGGCUGCCCUUUCCCCCACUAAGCCUCUGCUCCGGAUCGACGUGGCGUGGGCGUGCCAGCUCUGAAGGCUUCACCUCUUGGAUGGCUUAAAUGAGAGCCCUAGAGGCGUAUGUGAGAUUUCUAUGGUGCAAGCUGGCACAUGGCCUGCGCCUUCAGACCCUCCAAGACCAUUCAGCCCCACCUCACACCAUCAGUGAUGGAUGAGAGGGGGAAGGCCCCUGCUGGGCUGGCUGAAGGCUCCCUUGGUCCCAACUUGGCUGGCGUUUCCCCACUGCGGAUGUCUUGGACGUGUGGAGGAGGCCUUUGUGGGCCUCUGUGGAGGUCAAGGGCUUGAAGGUCCCAAACUUCUUCCAUCGGGCACUCCUGCAGGGGGAUCCUGACUGAUGCACGUGUUCCAGCUGCAAAGAGCCACAAAGUCAAAAGUGUCCUCCCACUUCAGUUCCACAGCACGUUCACCUGCGGCCAGCCACUAGGCCAGAUUCUUACCUCUUGUGGCCCAUGUGUCAGCCGGGGCCCAUGUAGGCCUUGAGACCCGGGCGUGUCUGAUAACUGGGCCUUUGGGUGUCUGUGAUCUCUAAGGAGCCGACGUUCGGCAGCCACGGCUGACUCCAGACUUCCGCCUCAUGUUAAGUAACGAUGGGGUCUCCUCCCUGCGGUCCAUCAAUGCCACGAAGCUCAGUUCUCUCUCCUGUUCCCACACACAACGAAAUUCAAACGCGCCAGUGUGUGUGGGUGCGUGUUUUCAAUGACGUGGGAGCCAACGGAAGACAUUACAGCAACGCAGACACGGUACCCCCUUUGUAAAGUGUUCUUUGGAUACACCACCAAGGAACCCAUCACCUUCUACCCCACACGUACCCGUCUCCCUACUUGGGAUAAACCAGAUCCACUUACGUUCUCCGGUACGGCAGUAUGGUCAGUCCUUUUCUUACUGUGAUUCUUGCCAAUGCCCUGACCUUCGAGAUCUCCCCUUCUCCAGCGGGUGGCUUAGUAAAGGCAUUUUCCUAAACAAAGAUGGCUCCCUCAAGAGGAACUCUAAUGUCAUCUCUCAAGGGGAUACAUUUUUCACCCGCACUAUGCUACCCAGGCAUCACAAACAGCCAGAGUCCCCACCGUCAGGGUCUUCACGCUCUGUGGAAGGCAGCACGGGCUCCCGUCAGUCGUGCCAGUUGGAGUUAGACAUCCUCGGUGCCAAUCCCAACUCCAUAACCUAGAGCUCGUGUGACCUUGGGAGAGUCCCAGAAUCUUGCCAAACCUUCGUUUCUCUACCUAUGAAUGUGAUUAUUUAAUAAACAGUCGUGAGUGUGAAGCGCUGAGCCACGUGCCUCGCUUUCCGCAGCCUCCUGCCCGCUGUCAGCCACAAGCAGCUCCUGCCCGCGGUGGUGGCUCCGUGCCAAGGGAGGGGAGCCGGCGACAGCGGCUUUACGGCCGGGAGGCCGAGGAGGGCUGGCGGCGGCUCGUGCACGCCAUGGUCUGGGCUUCACAGUUGGAACGUUCCGUCCGUCCUUGAAAUCCUAGGAUGCCGUAGAGUGUGAGAUCUGGAGGUUUUGGCUUAAUAAUGAAUUUGAAGGAAAGGCUGCCUCGGACACCUGGGAGGCUGCAAGCUGGCGAGCAGCCUGACCUUGGGUGGUUUAGCACCUGGUUUCUUCGGCUUUUCCUGUAUGAGGUUUGCUGGCUUUGCAUCAGAUGGAAGGAGGAGGUGCCAGGGACUUGCAUGGAAUCUGUCAGACAGAGGGUGAGGGGAGUGCAGGAGGCCAGGGCUGCGCAGGGAGCUCCGAGAGCCCAGCAGCACCAUCUGGACUUGGCGGGGCUGACAGCCCUGAGAGCAGAACGAAGCAGCCAGUCAAGUGGCUCAUAUUCCUGCUGUCCUGCGCCUGUCCUGAGGGAGGCUCCCAGCAUCUCCUGUCUGGAAAGAAGGCUCAUCUCCUGCGAGGGGGGCUGGGGCUCUCAGUGCCUCUGCAGGACCGACAGAGGUCUCUGGGAAGACGGGAUUCGGCAGGUGGCUGGUUUGGUGUAGUCCCCCCCGGAGGUGGUGCCCGCGUGCCACUGGGCUGCUGGAGCCCGCUCGUGUGGCCCAGGAGAGGGGAUCAGCGUUUGCAGGAAUUUAGUGAGCUGGCUCUGAAACACAGCCAUCAUUUAAAAAAAAAAUUAAAGUGAUAUCAACAUAUAAUGAAAGUAUAUUACAAAAAAUAAAGUAUAUUAAAAACAUAGGUAAUAAAUACUCAAAACUCAUCACUUCCCUAUUAUUUUACUGCAUUUUUCUGUUAUGGAUGCUCUCGGGGUUAUGCUGUCGGAUCCUCGAGGCGGAAACGCCCUUUGACGAAAGGAUGAAGGGCGUGCUGCUGCGCGUCUCUGCAAAGGCCACCGUUUGGUGACAUCACGUUGGCGACUUGACAUCAGCCCUGGUGGGAUAUGUGCUCCCCCAGAGAUGGGCAGAUGCCGCAUAUCAAGUUUCUAUCCCCGGAGGGCUGGUUGUGACACGCCGAGCAGCACACCACUGCUACCCGGUGACCGAGAAAGACAUGGAGCUACGUGAGCGCUGAAACCGCUCGUUCCAGGGAGGCUGGCCUGGGCGAUGCAUUUCUUGAAGCAGGUGUCCUGGUAGAAUGUGCAGAACCGACCAAGAAAAAUGCUAGAAAACGCUGCUUCUCCGCUUGUUUUGUCUUGCUUCUGUUUUCCACACGUGAGACAUGUGUUUCGUUGGCUUCUCCGCUUGGGAGUGAUUUGUGAGUUCUGUCUCACUGCGGGCUGUACUUCGGCUCAGUUCCCCUUCAGGAACGUGAGUCGUUGUUUCCCCUGCCUAACUGGCAAACUGAAAAUGUGCUGUUUACGAGGGAUAUACCUUAGCCAGGCGCUGAGAGAGCUCAUUUCCAAGUGGUUUCUACAGCAAUAACAGUGUUAACUUCUCCAACAGGGAAGAAAUCAUUUAUAAAUGAUUGUUUUGCUGUCUUUGCUUUUUAUUAAAAUUAUUACUGUGGAACAAGAUGCUUUGUG